AUGUUUUGGAAGAAAUUACUUAUGAGCCUGCUUAUGCUCAGCCUGGUGUCCUUUUUAAUGGGAGCCACUGUGACCGUGCGACGCAUUCAGCCGCGCGAGACGAACUCCUGCGAAGGUCGCCAGAGUCCGGGGCCCAUCUGCGAGUCCUGCGAACUGCUGGCCACGUGUGUGCGUCACUCGAACGGAUGGGUUAAUAUACCAGUGGAAUCCUGCGAUGUGGCCAAUGGCUACUACUGCAAUGCGCGGCUGGGAAGCUGCACCAAUGAAACUGGACCAUGCCAUCCCUUCGGAAUCGAGGGCAAUUUCCAGUGCACUUCGCAGGGAAUUUUCCCCGAUCCCUACGAUUGCCAGAAGUAUCACAUGUGCUACUUUGUGGGCGCUACUCUCGUUGCAGCUGCCGUGGAUUGUGGCAAUGAUAGAGCCUUCGAUGCGAGGACCGGUCAAUGCACUUUGACCCUAAGUGAUACGGUCUGCCUGCAGCGACAGUACUACUGCCCCAAUGCCGGCCACGUAGCCCCCUGGCCCACUAACCCCAAUAUUUUCUACGUCUGCAAGUCGACGGUUAAUCAGAACUUGAAUGAUACAAUAGUCAUCUACCCCUCACUUCAUCGUUGUAAUGAUGGCGAAACUUUUGUGGAUUAUGUGUGCCGAAGUGGAUCGAAUAGUUUGCCGAAUACUGAUGAUCCUUCGGUGAUUAUAGAGGAUCCCAAUGAUGCGGACUUCUCUGUGGUGCCAAAUACAUGCCAGCACGUGGGUUUGAUUGCCGAUGGUGAUGAUUGCAGAAAGUACUAUUACUGUUCAGCUCUAAAUGGUACUUUGAGGCACAUGGACUGUCCACAGGGAACCUACUACCGACCUGAGUCGUCCUCCUGCGUCCUGGGAACUUGCUGAGGUGGAUGGUGAAUUGUAUUUUAUUCGUUCUUCUAUAGAGAAACCUUAUAACUUAUAAAUAAAUAAAAUAUAUAGUCAAAAGAAUGACAAAAA